AUGGCUUUCGCAAGAUUCAUUGCCCAAAUAAUCAGGUUGAGAGCGCAUUUCCCUGAUUAUGCCAUAAAGAAAGUCAGGCUUGAUAAUGCUGGUGAAUUCACUUCAGCAGCCUUUAAUGACUUUUGUAUGUCUGUGGGAAUCGAUGUUGAACAUCCGGUUCCGCACGUUCAUACGCAAAAUGGCAUGGCUGAGUCAUUAAUAAAGCGGUUGCAGUUAAUUGCAAGACCGUUAAUCUUGAGAACAAAACUCCCAAUCACUGUAUGGGGACAUGCAAUAUUGCAUGCGGGAGCCUUGGUUCAAGUGAGACCAAGUGCUUAUAAUGAAUUUUCGCCCAUACAGUUGGCAUUUGGAAAUAUGCCAAAUAUAUCCCAUCUCCGGGUAUUCGGGUGUGCGGUCUAUAUCCCAAUAGCGCCACCACAGAGAUCAAAAAUGGGACCACAGAGGAGAUUGGGAAUAUAUGUCGGGUAUUCGUCCCCUAGUAUAAUAAGGUAUCUUGAACCGGCAACUGGUGAUAUGUUUACGGCACGAUUUGCCGAUAGCCACUUUGAUGAAAAUGAAUUCCCUGCGUUAGGGGGAGGGUCGAGAGAAUCACCAAAUGAUAUCACCUGGUGUACACACUCUUUGGCUUAUCUUGAUCCUCCUUCUAAUCAACGCGAGGUGGAAGUUCAGAAAAUUAUACAUAUGCAAAGAUUGGCUAACCAGUUGCCCGAUGCGUUCACAGAUACGAAAAGGGUGACGAAGUCCUAUAUCCCCGCUGCUAAUGCUCCAUCAAAAAUAGAAGUUCCUCAUGAACAUUUUGAUGUGAAUAGAGCAAGUGAACCGGUUCAAUUAAAGCGCGGGAGGCCUAUAGGAUCAAAGGAUAAAUAUCCCCGAAAGAAAAAGAAUUGUGGAGUAAAGGUUCCUGAUGAACCGAAAUGUCUUGAAGACAUUUCCGAACAGGUUCUUGUAGAACCUGAUAAAGAGGUUCGUCAAGAUGACGAACCAGAGACAGAAAAAUUUGAGAUUUCCAUCUCCUUCGCCCAAAGUGGAAAAAUAUGGGCUAGAAGUGAAAUAGAUGAUGAUGAAAUGUUCUCUUUUUCUGUAGCUAAAGAGAUCGAUCAUGAAAAUGAUGAUCCAGAUCCAAUUUCCGUGUCAGAGUGCCAAAAGAGGCCGGACUGGGAGAAAUGGCAAAUGGCCAUGAAGAAUGAAAUAUUCUCUCUCAAUAAACGGACUGUAUUCGGACCGAUAAUCAUUACACCAAAAGAUGUAAUGCCGGUUGGAUACAAAUGGGUUUUUGUAAGAAAAAGAAAUGAGAAAAACGAAGUCACAAGAUAUAAAGCUCGUCUUGUGACUCAAGGUUUUUCUCAAAGACCGGGGAUAGAUUAUGAAGAAACAUAUUCCCCGGUAAUGGAUGCAAUCACCUUCAGGUACUUGAUGAGCCUAACGGCCUCUAAUAAUUUAGAGAUGUACCUGAUGGAUGUUGUGACUGCAUACCUAUAUGGCUCACUUGAUAGUGAGAUAUAUAUGAAAAUUCCUGAGGGAUUUAAGAUCCCAGAAGGGUCAAAGAUGCCUGAAGCAUCUAAAGAGCUUUGUUCGGUCAAACUCCAGCGAUCACUUUAUGGAUUAAAACAAUCCGGCCGCAUGUGGUACAAUCGCUUAAGUGAAUACUUGUUGAGUAAAGGUUACGUCAACAAUGCGAUUUGUCCAUGCGUGUUUAUAAAGAAAUCCUCAACGGGUUUUGUGAUCAUUGCUGUGUAUGUUGAUGACCUGAACAUGAUUGGAACUCAAAAGGAGAUUGAUGAUGCAAGAACUCAUAUGAAAGAUGAGUUCGAAAUGAAAGAUCUUGGAAAGACAAAGUUUUGUCUUGGGCUCCAGAUAGAGCAUUUCCAAGAUGGAAUAUUUUUGCAUCAAUCAAAUUACACCAAAAGGGUGUUAAAGCGCUUUUAUAUGGAUAAAGCGACUCCUUUGAGUAGUCCAAUGGUCAAUAGAUCGCUUGAUGUUAACAAGGAUCCAUUUCGACCUAUUGAAGAUUCUGAAGAAAUGUUAGGUCCUGAAGUACCUUACAUGAGCGCCAUCGGGGCACUUAUGUAUCUUGCAAAUUGCACAAGACCAGAUAUAGCUUUUGCUACUAAUCUGCUUGCAAGAUACAGCUCAUCGCCUACCAGAAGACAUUGGAACGGAAUAAAACAUAUAUUCCGUUAUCUUCAAGGUACGAUUGAGUUUGGAUUAUAUUAUUCAAGAAACCCCGAGGUUGGUUUAGUUGGUUUUGCAGAUGCUGGCUACUUGUCUGAUCCGCAUAAGGCUCGAUCGCAAACCGGUUAUGUUUUCACAUACGGUGGAACCGCGAUCUCUUGGCGUUCCAAAAACAAACUUUGGUUGCAACGUCUUCAAAUUAUGCGGAAAUCAUUGCUCUCCAUGAAGCAUGUAGAGAGUGUAUGGUUGAGAUCUUUGAUCCAACAUAUACAAGAAGCCAGCGGAGUAUCUACAAAGAAAGAGCCAACAACAUCUACGAAGACAAUUCUGCAUGUGUCACUCAACUCAAAGAAGGCUACAUCAAGAGCGACAGGACAAAACACAUCCCUUCCAAGAUUUUUCUCCUACACUCAAGAACUCGAGAAGAAUCAAGAAGUGGAUAUUCAGUAUGUUCGCUCAAGUGACAACGCAGCUGAUCUCUUCACAAAGGCGCUUCCUACUACAGUGUUCAAGAAACAUGUUCAGAGUAUUGGAAUGCGUCGUCUACAAGAUUUAAAUUCUCCGUCGAUCUCUACUCGUAUCAAAAUCCUUACCGGAUAUGCCCGAUCGUUUGCUCCGGCGUCAGAAUGGACAGAGCUACGCGGCAGCGGCAGAUCCGCCACAGAAGCUAGGGUUUCUCUCGUUCUCGCUCUCGCCUCUCAGGCUUCCUCUGCCUCUCAACGCCUCUUGGCUGAUUUGGCGGUGGAGACUGCGAAAUACGUGUUUCCGAAGAGAUUCAAUAGCUCAAAUCUGGAAGAAGCGUUGAUGUCUGUUCCGGAUCUGGAGACGAUGAAUUUCAGAGUUCUUAGCAGGACAGACAAAUACGAGAUUAGAGAAGUCGAGCCUUAUUUUGUGGCCGAGACUACAAUGCCAGCGGAAAAUGGCUUCAAGGUCUUUCAACGUGUUAGCUGA